CGAACUGGGGAAGUAGCUGCAGCAGAAACCGAUAGAUUCACGGAAAAAGGGAAGGAAGUAGGGGCGACUCUGAGUGGUUCCGGGAAAGCUGUAGCUAUCAUGGCUACCCACCAAGCCACAAAGGAUCCUCUCCUCCGGGGUGUUUCUCCCACCCCUAGCAAGAUUCCCGUUCGCUUUCAGAGACGCCCUCCUCUUCUCACAGUCAAACCCUGUGCCCUGGACCAGGAGAACCAAGAUCCAAGGAGAUUGGUGCAGAAGCUCAGUGUUCAGCGUCCCUUCCAAGACUCAGCAGGCCUCCGGCCCGAAGCCACAUCUCAGACAGAGAAAUCAGAGAAAUUGGUGGGAAGCAUUCAACUCCGGAAUCCUUUGGAGGAGCUCAGGCCUAGCCGUAGGGGACAAAAUGUGGGACCUAGGCCCCCUCCCCAGACAGAGGCUUCAGGGGCCAUAGAGUUUGUGGCUGAUCCUGCAGCCCUGGCCACCAUCCUGUCAGGUGAGGGGGUGAAGAGCUGUUGCCUGGGGCGCCAGCCCAGUCUGGCUCAGAGAGUAGUGGUUCGAGGGACCCAGGGAGGCAGUAUCCAGAGGGGCCAGGGUGCCCGGGCCUCUGCAUAUCUGGCCCCCAGAACCCCCACCCACCGACUGGACCCUGCCCGAGCUUCCUGCUUUUCCAGGCUGGAGGGACCAGGACCCCGUGGCCAGACCUUAUGUCCACAGAGGCUCGAGGCUCUGAUUCCAUCUUCAGGACCUUCCUUUCACCCCUCCGCUCGCCCCAGUUUCCAGAAGCUAAGAAGAGAGACAGGUGACAGCAACCGGACUGCAGUGAGCCAAGUCUCAGGAUUGCCCCUGGAGAUCCCAGUCCAGCCUGCUUCCUCUCUCCCUGAAGAACGUGAAAUUGUUACUCGCUCAGAUGAAGGCCGUGGGGGCCCCCUAGGUCUGGCCCAGCGAGUACCGUUAAGAGAAACCCGAGAGAUAACCCACAGCAGGGACAGCUGUGAUUCCCUCCUGAGGCCUUCCCCUGGCCGUGUUGUACCACCUUCCAUCACCCAUCCAUCACCCUUUGGAUGGGCUCAGCGUGUACCCUCGCCUGGCCCCUCAGCUCCAACCUCAUAUUCAGUGUUGAAACGUCUUGCCUUUCGCCCCAAAACCCAGUUCACACCCUACUUAUCAGCCCCCAGAGUUCAGCAGGCCCGGCAGUUGAGUGGUCUCUCUCCGCAGUCUUGCCCUGAAGAGCCUGCCCCACCCUGGGAGCAGAUUGCAGUUCGAUUAUUUGACCAGGAGAGUUGUGCAAGUUUGCAGGCGGGGCCUAGUAAACCACCUGUGGCAACUCAUUAUGGACCCCACCCCUGUAGCACCCCCAGCCUCCAGGAGCUGAAGAUGCAGCGCAUCAGUAUCCUGCAGCAGCUUUUGCGACAGGAGGUAGAGGGGCUGGCAGGGUCCAAAUGUGCCCCCCUUAAUGGAGGCUCCUCUCUGGAUAUGGUUGAACUUCAGCCCGUACUGGCUGAGGUUUCUAGGACUCUGAAUGCCUCAGAAAAUAAUUCUGGGGCUUUCCACCCUCCUGAACUAUUAGAGCACUCUGGGAUGCCAAAGCCCCGCCUUCCAGAGGAGUGUGGGGAAGCACAGCCCUGCCCUCCAGCAGAGCCAGGGCCCCCAGAGUCCUGCCAUAGGAGGGAGCCUGAGAUACCAGAGUUCUCCUCCCCGGAACUGCCCGAGGUAUCAGAGCCCUGUCCUCCAGCAGAGCCUGGACUGCUUCAGACCUGUUCCCAGGAGCAGACUGGACUCCCAGAGCCCUUCCCUAAGGUAGAACCUGGGGCCUCAGAGGCCUGCUCCCUGGAACCCAAAAGUCCAGAGUCCAACCCACAGCCCUCCUGCAAUCAGUGGGCUCCAGCGGCCACCAGCCUGAUCUUCUCCUCCCAACGCCCACUUUGUGCCAGCCCCCCUAUCUGCUCACACCAGUCUGUGAGGCCCCCAACAGGCCAGACAGGCCCCAGCAAUCUGGCUCCUCAAACCAUGGCCCUGAAGCAGCGCCUCAAAGCAUGUCUGAUGGCCAUCCACCGCUUCCAUGAGGCCCGCCUGGAUGAUGAAUGUGCCUUCUACACCAGCAGAGCCCCUCCCUCAGGCCCCACCCGGGUCUGCUCCAACCCUGUGGCCACAUUACUCGAAUGGCAGGAUGCCCUGUGUUUUAUUCCAGUUGAUUCUGCUGCCCCACAGGACACUCUGUCAUGAGGCAUCCAGCCACCCACUCCUGCCCUCCUUCUUUUUAGCUCUUAUUUAUUGUCCAGCCCAUGAGACUGGAAGCUGACACCCUUUUGUCCUUCAAUAAAGUUUC